AUGAGGCUUAUAGCGUUGCUCGUGUGUUUUCUAGCUGGAACAUCUGGAGUUCCAAUCUCCCCAAAUGCUGAUGUGAUUGAAUCAGUCCCAAUGGGAGAUAUGCCACAGUUCCAGCCUAAAUCUCCCAGAGUGCCUCAGACACACCUGGCCACUCUGACCAAUCCAUGGGUCCAACCCAACCCCAAUACAGGUCUCAGUCAACACUUUCAAUACAUUCCCUAUCCUCAUCUCCAGCAACCACAGUUUUUCUAUUAUCCCAUUCUUGGAUCACAAUCCAGGAACCCAACAGUUCAACAAUUUCUUUACAUGGUUCCACAGAUUCAACAGCGAAUGGCUGGACCAUAUGGCGGAUUGAGCUCCGAGGAAAUUCAGAACAUGGGACAUAUGGGCCAUGUUAACAUGCACAUGCCUGAGUUUAGAGGCAAUGUGUUUCCUGUAGCUGGACCACAACCUGUUGUACCUGUUAGCUCUUUAGGACCAGCCAAUACCUUCCACAUCAACACCUUCCCUGCCAAUGGAAUGACCUUCUCGGGCACUACUGAGGUUCAGCCACCAAGCGUUGUAGCUGUACCACCCAGUUGGGAUGCCAUACCUGCUACUGGUGGAUCCCAUCCAAAUAAUGGAGCGCAGCCUAAUAGGAUUGCUACUGUGCAGGACUAUGAGCGAGUGCCUUGUGAUCAUGUCCAAUCUGCUGAAAACCCCUUAACCAAUACUGGACCUUUGUCUUCUGGUCAUGGGACUUUCAUUUCGGCUGUCUUGCCCACUGUCCAACCCGAUCCCCAUUACAAUGAUCCCAAUCUAGUGCCCACUACAUUCCCAACACCAGAAGAAGCUCUUGUUCCAGCGUCCCCACCACUGCUUUCCGAUACUGUCGACACCAAGACUGAUUUGCACCCCUAAGGCAAAUCUUUGCAUGUCUUUACUGCAAGAUUUAUACAAAUAUGCAUUUUGUAUUAUGCUAAUGGUUUAUAUAUUGGGUUAACGCAUGGAUGGAAGUUUUUAAAUAUUUUUCAUAGCAAUUCUGAUACUGUACUUUGUUUACUUGUUACUAUUCCUUUAUCUUUCAUUGAACUAAAGUUUUGACUUUGUGUCGACCAUUGUAAAAGAUUUAAAAAUCAAAACCUAUUUCUGACUUUUGUACUGUGAACUAUGUGUGUGGUCCUCAACGUAUAUACUAGACAUAUAAUUAAAUACAAAGUUAAUUACA